GCGUGAUCCGGGCAUUGUACACCACAUACUUGUACGAAUGCGAGUUAUGAACUGCAGGUGACAGGGUAGUAUAUUGCAACGCGUGUGUAUUUACCACGACUGCAAUGCGCUAUAUAGAGCGCGGUGUCCCGCCUCCAGCCCACCUUGACAUUGUAGCCCGCUGCCCGACCGGCCACACCAUCGUAGAGAACAUAGGAGUCCAACACCAUGGCAGAUACGCAAAGCUUCACAGAGGCUGUGGGGGCGAAAUUGCCCCUCAUUCUACCCACUCUCGCCGCCUUCCUUGCCGUCGUCCUCCUCCAGAAUGUGUUGAGUCGGAAGCCGCUCGCAAACAUCCCCGUCGCAGGCCAAGACCUCGGCAGCGAUGAGAAGCGGAGGCAGACAUACCUCGUCAGGGCAGCCGACGUGUAUCUUGAUGGCUACAAGAAGUUCAAGGACAGUGUCUACAGGAUUGUCACACCAAAUAAAUUCACCGUCAUCGUGGUGCCCCCCAAGUACUUGGACGAACUCCGAAAGAUCCCCGACGAUGUCAUCAGCUUUGACGGCGCCAUCGAGCAGACGAUGCACUCCAAGUACACCAAGCUGCCUGUCGGCGAGACCCUGGUUACGCACACGGUCAAGACCAGCCUGACGCCCGCGCUGGUGCGGCUGAACCCGACGAUUGCAGACGAAGUGCAGGCCUCUAUCCGCGCCGAGUUGCCCCCUUGCGAUAACUGGACCCCGGUCAACAUCAACCGGAAGCUGCUGCGCAUCGUCGCCCUCGUGUCGGGCCGCGUCUUCAUCGGCGCCGAGCUCAGCCGCUCCGAGGAAUACCUCGACGCAGCCAUCAACUACACGGUCGAGCUGAUGGCCGCUCGCCGUGCGCUGGACCAAGUACGCCCCUGGCUGCGUCCUUUCGUUGCCCACCGGCUGCCCGAGGUCAAGAAGCUGGAUGCGCGACGUGCGCAGGCCGACAAAUUCCUGCAGCCCAUCGUGGAGGCCCGCAGGCGCAUGAAAGACAGCGACAAGCCGGACGACAUGCUGCAGUGGGUGAUGGACGGCCAAGGGGGGAAAUUCAAGGAGUACACGACCGAGGAGCUGGCCAGGCUGCAGCUGGGCAUCUCGUUUGCCGCGAUCCACACGACGACCCUGACGACGACCAACGUGUUCUACAACCUCGCGGCCUACCCGCAGUACAUGGCCGAGCUGCGCGACGAGGUGCGCACCGUCCUGGCCGAGCACAACGGCGUCUUCACCAGCACGGCGCUGCAGGCCAUGAAGAAGGUCGACAGCUUCGUGAAGGAGACGAUGCGCCUGCACCCGGCGGGCGCCGCCUCGUUCCAGCGCAAGGUCAACAAGACCUUCGCGCUGUCCAACGGUCAGGUCAUCCCCGCGGGCGUGGUCAUCGAGGUUCCCGCGGCAGCCAUCACACGGGACCCGGAGGUGUUCCCGGACGCUGACAAGUUCGACCCCUGGCGCUUCUCGCGGCUGCGGGAGCAGGCCCGCGCAUCGGGCAACGUGGAAGGCAGCGCCACGAACCAGUUUGUCAGCCUCAAUCCAAAUGUGUUGACUUUCGGUUUCGGCCGGCACGCCUGUCCGGGCCGCUUCUUCGCCGCCAACGAGAUCAAGAUGAUCAUCGCCAACUUCAUCCUGACAUACGACAUCAAGCUGCCCGAGGGAGUGAACGAGAGGUACCCCAAUCUCUCAAUCGGGUCAUCGUUUAUUCCCGAUCCCAGGAAGGAGUUGCUCUUCAAGCGGAUUGUAUGAGCCGCGUUCGACUGGAAGAGGUUCUCUGCGAAUAUGUCGGACAUGGUUGUUGACUGUAGUACUAUUUGUACCAAUCGCUCAUCGGAUAGCGUGAGGCAGCGUCUCUUCUUUGCACG